AUGGCUUUGCAUGAAGCAUUAUUAGCAUUGCAAACUGGAUGUAGUGGUUUACUGACAUUGAAACAGGAUGAUCCUUAUUUCAAAAAACGUGUUCAAUCAUUACCCUAUGUACAUCCUGGUGAAUUAGAACAACUGGAUCGUUUAACUCAGUUGGGAAAACAUUAUAAGAUGCUCGAAGAUUUUGUUCAAAAUAAUCUUGUAUCAAAUGAAAGUGGACUUUAUUUGUUAAGUUUUUCAUUUGAAUUACGUACAAUAUUACAAGAAUAUUUAUCAUGUUUAAGUAAAUUAGAAUAUGAAUGUCUGCAGGAUACUUCAUUAACAUUAUCACAUAUUGUGACAUCUCUAGAUGACUAUUUAACAUUAUUACCAGCAUUGGUUCGUUUAAUUGACAGUUUACAUUCAACACAAUUUCGUGGAUGUCAAAUACUCGAUUUAAUUUAUCGUUGUACAUUUGAUGGAAAUAUAUGUUUAUCAUUAAAAAUGAAACAAUUACUAAAAGCUUGUCACAAAAUUCUUUUUAAACAGAUAACAACGUUAAUUAUAAAUGGUACAUUGUACGAUGCAUAUAAUGAAUUUUUUAUUGGAAUAAACACAAAACCAAACAUUGAAGCGAUGGGAACAACAAAGACAUUAUCAUCAACAUUGACAUCAGCUGUUAAUUCCACAGCAACAUCGGCAAAUAUCAGUCGAUCUCAAUCACCAGAAACAACGAUUGAUUCUAAACAACAAACAGAUAUUUUUCAAAUUGUUCAACCUUCACGUGUUACACCAUCGGUUUAUAGUCAAUAUCAGUUAAUUCCCAACAUGUUACCGUCAUACAUUCCUCUACAAUUAGCUGAAAAAAUUAUAUUUAUUGGUGAAUCAUGGUUAUUAUUAAAAAAUAAUGAUCAAAAUUCCGAUGAUUUAUUAACUACAAUUGAAACAUAUUUCAAAUCAGAUACUAUCGAUUAUAAUCAACAAAAUAAAUUUGUUUUAGAACAAUUCAAAAAAUUGGCAUCAGAAGAUUUUAAUCUAUUUGAAUUAGAACGUAUUGUUGAAGAAUCUCGUUUACAAUUAUCAUUAAUAUUACGUUAUUUAUUUGUUGAAAAAUUUCAUUUAUGUAAAGAACUUGAUCAAAUCAAGACUUAUUAUUUAAUUGGACGAGGUGAAUUGUAUACGUUGUUUAUUAAUCGUGCUAAUACAACACUAUUAAAUCUUAAAAAAGUAAAUCGUUCAACAGAAAAUGAUAUUAAUGAACUGUUUAAACAAUGUAUUAACGAUUUACAAUUAGAUACUGUCCUUAGUCCAGAAAAUUUUCAGCUGAAGUUCACAUUCAAAGACGAUGCUACAACGCAACAGGAUGCAUCCUUAAAUCGUCGUUUAUUAUUUUCAAAAGAAUUACCACAAGAUACUGUCCCGUUUGAUUUUUGGUCAUGUGGUUGGUCUAAUUUAAUGAUUAAAUAUAAUAUUAAAUAUCCGUUAAAAGCAUUUUUUAGCGAAAAUAGUAAACAACGUUACAAUGAUAUAUUUCAAUUAUUACUCGUGUUACGUUAUGUACAAAUAGAAUUAAAUUCAAUUUGGUUAUUAAUGAAAACAAAUCAUAAUAUUGGUCAUAUUUCACAAUUACGUAAUUUAAUGUCAUUUUUCAUUAAUAAUUUACAAUAUUAUAUUCAAAUUGAUGUUUUGGAACAUAAAUAUCAACAAUUAAUCAAAUCAAUUCAAUCUAGUAAAGAUUUUCAACAUAUUAAACAUUUACAUGAACUUUUUCUAAAUGAUAUUCAAACAGAUUGUUUCAUGUUAAUGCCCGCAACAUACAAGAGUAUUAAACAAAUUUUAACAUUAUGUAUGUCAUUUUGUUUAUUCAUUAAACAUUUCGAACAAGAAAAAGAAAAAAUGACAAAUAUAAUGGUUGAAACAACCAUCGAGCAAUUAGGAAAAGACUUCAAUUCAGAAACACGUUUAUUAUUUGGUAUGUUAGGCGCAGUACAAAAACGUAAUGCAUUACCACAAUUAGCACAAUUUUUAGCCAGAUUAGAUUUCAAUAGAUAUUUGACUGAUAAUAAUGGAUCAUUUGGACAAUUUUAA